AGCUGUCUUUGUACCCUGUACGCUUCACUAUCAAGAAAAAAGGGAAUUUUUUUUCUCGCAAUUGAUCCAAAUCGUGAAACCCUAAUUUCGAAUCUUGUUACUAAUUUUGUCGAAGAAGAUGACGAAGGAUUUCGCAGUUCCACCUGUAGUUUUCCCAACCGGUGGAUCUUCAGGCGGUGCUAAUGUCCAGCAACGAAGAUUCUCAGCGAUUCCGUUUCAACAGCCGCCUCCUCAAUCAUCUUCCCAGAUCCCUUUCUUGUCGUUCAACAUGGGAUCCGCAGCCGCGUCAUCCGCUACAACAGCCGGACCAUUCGGCGGCACAAUCGCUUCAUCAUCGUCUUUCGGCGGUGGUGGUGGUGGUUCGCCGUCGUUUGAAGACGAGGAGCCUCUGCUUGACGAGCUCGGUAUACAUCCAGAUCAAAUCUGGAAGAAGACUAGAUCGAUUCUAAAUCCUUUUCGGAUUAACCAAACUGUUCAUAAGGAUUCAGAUCUAUCAGGUCCGAUCUUUCUAUACCUCGCGCUUUGCUUGUUUCAGUUGUUAGCUGGUAAGAUCCAGUUCGGUGUUAUACUUGGAUGGAUCGUCGUCUCGUCAAUCUUCUUAUACGUCGUAUUCAACAUGCUUGCUGGUCGAAACGGGAACCUUAAUCUCCAUACGUGUACGAGCUUGGUUGGAUACUGUUUGCUUCCGGUGGUGGUUUUAUCUGCGGUGUCGUUGUUCGUUCCGCAGGGAGCUGGGCCGGUUAAGUACGUGCUUGCUGGGGUGUUCGUUUUGUGGUCAACUAGGGCUUGUUCUACUUUGGUUGUAUCGCUCGCUGAUGGUGGAGAAGAGCAUCGUGGCUUGAUCGCGUACGCUUGUUUCUUGAUCUAUACUUUAUUCUCUCUUCUUGUUAUAUUCUGAGUGAGUGUCCUUUUCUGUUAUGGCUUUUUUUGAAUAUUGAUAGUUUGGUAAAAUCUUCUGAUGCCAUUAGCGAGUAGCAAAACAAAAAUUUGUUGCUAUAAGUUCUUUGAUGUGAGGUUGAUGAAUUGGGUGGGAAUAGCUGCGAAGGUGUAAAGGCUUUUUUAUUUUUUAUUUUUUUUGGGGGAUAAAUUUAGAAACAUGUUUAAGAAGAAAUUUGAUUCAAUGUUUGUGUAUCUUUUUCACUUGAUCUACGAGGUGUUUACUUAAGAAUUAAUUUAUACGAUUUCAUUGAUUU